CCAGUCACAGGACAGCCAUCACAGGACAAUUGUAUUUUUGUAGUGAAUGAACAGACUGUUGCAACCAUGACGUCUGAAGAAAAGAAAGAACGGCCUAUAAGUAUGAUAAAUGAAGCUUCUAACUAUAACAUGAKUUCAGAUUAUGCAGUACAUCCAAUGAGCCCUAUAGGCAGAACAUCACGGGCUUCAAAGAAAGUUCAUAAUUUUGGAAAGAGGUCAAAUUCAAUUAAAAGAAAUCCUAACGCACCUGUGGUCAGACGAGGUUGGCUUUAUAAACAGGACAGUACUGGCAUGAAGCUGUGGAAGAAACGCUGGUUUGUGCUUUCUGACCUUUGCCUGUUUUAUUACAGAGAUGAGAAAGAAGAGGGUAUCCUGGGAAGCAUACUAUUACCUAGUUUUCAGAUAGCUAUGCUAACCUCUGAGGAUCACAUUAAUCGCAAAUAUGCUUUUAAGGCAGCCCAUCCAAACAUGCGGACAUAUUAUUUCUGCACUGAUACAGGAAAGGAAAUAGAGUUGUAGAUGAAAACCAUGUUAGAUGCUGCCCUUGUACAGACAGAACCUGUGAAAAGAGUGGACAAGAUUACAUCCGAAAGUAUACCAACUAAAGAAACCAAUAACAUUCCCAACCAUAGAGUGCUAAUUAAACCAGAGGCCCAAAACAACCAAAAAAACAAGGAAAUAGGCAAAAUUGAAGAAAAAAGGGCAUUAGAAGCUGAAAAAUACGGAUUUCAGAAGGAUGGUCAAGAUAGACCUUUGACAAAAAUUAAUACUGUAAAGUUAAAUUCUUUGCCAUCUGAAUAUGAAAGUGGGUCAUCAUGCCUAGCCCAGACUGCACACUACAGACAAGUCAAUAUGAAUAGUUCAGAGAACAAGAUAGUCAAUGUCAGCCUAGCAGAUCUUAGAGGAGGAAAUCACCCAAAUACAGGGCCUUUGCACACAGAGGCUGAUCGAGUCAUACAAAGAACAAAUUCAAUGCAACAGUUGGAACAAUGGAUUAAAAUCCAGAAAGGAAGGGGACAUGAAGAAGAAACCAGAGGAGUAAUUUCUUACCAAACUUUACCAAGAAAUAUGCCAAGCCACAGAACCCAGAUUAUGGCCCGCUACCCUGAGGGUUAUAGAACACUCCCAAGAAACAGCAAGACCAGGCCUGAAAGUAUCUGCAGUGUGACCCCUUCCAGUCAUGACAAGACAGUAGGAGCUGGAGCAGAAGAGAAACGGAGGUCGAUGAGAGAUGACACUAUGUGGCAGCUCUACGAAUGGCAACAGCGUCAGUUCUAUAAUAAGCAGAGCACCCUUCCUCGACACAGUUCUUUGAGCAGUCCUAAAACCAUGGUUAAUAUUUCUGACCAAACAAUGCACUCUAUUCCCACAUCACCUUCCCAUGGUUCAAUAGCUGUUUACCAGGGUUACUCCCCUCAGCGAACUUAUAGAUCAGAAGUAUCUUCACCAAUUCAGAGAGGAGAUAUGACAGCAGACCUUAGACACAGGGGUCAUUACCCUAAGCAUGUCUAUGUGCCUGACAGAAGAUCAAUGCCAGCUGGCCUAACUUUACAGUCUGUUAGUCCCCAGAGCCUCCAAGGCAAAACGCUAUCACAAGAUGAAUGUAGAGGCACAUUAUAUAAAUACAGACCUGAAGAAAUAGAUAUUGAUGCCAAGUUAAGCCGAUUAUGUGAACAAGAUAAAGUGGUACAUGCACUGGAAGAGAAACUUCAGCAACUCCACAAGGAGAAAUACACGCUUGAGCAAGCUUUGCUGUCAGCCAGUCAAGAGAUAGAAAUGAACGCAGAUAACCCAGCAGCCAUUCAGACAGUGGUAUUACAGAGGGAUGAUUUGCAAAAUGGACUGCUUAGUACAUGUCGAGAACUCUCUCGAGCCACUGCCGAACUGGAACGAGCAUGGAGAGAAUAUGAUAAGUUGGAAUAUGAUGUAACUAUUACCAGGAACCAGAUGCAAGAGCAGCUAGAUCGCCUUGGUGAAGUUCAGACUGAAUCAGCAGGAAUUCAACGUGCACAGAUUCAGAAAGAACUUUGGAGAAUCCAAGAUGUCAUGGAAGGGCUAAGUAAACACAAACAGCAAAGAGGCACUCCAGAAACAGGUAUGGCAGGAUCAAAACCUUUCUCUACAGUUAAGUACAAAAGUGAGGGUCCAGACUAUAGACUCUACAAGAGUGAACCAGAGUUAACAACAGUGGCAGAGGUUGAUGAAUCUAAUGGAGAAGAAAAAUCAGAACCUGUUUCAGAGAUGGAAACUCCGGUUAUUAAAGGUUCCCACUUUCCUGUUGGAAUAGUUCCUCCAAGAACAAAAUCACCUACACCCGAAUCUUCGACAAUAGCUUCAUAUGUAACCUUGAGGAAAACUAAGAAGAUGAUGGAUCUAAGAACGGAAAGACCAAGAAGUGCAGUGGAACAGCUCUGUUUGGCAGAAAGUACUCGACCUAGGAUGACUGUGGAAGAACAAAUGGAAAGAAUAAGAAGACAUCAGCAAGCAUGCCUAAGGGAAAAGAAGAAAGGAUUAAAUGUUAUUGGUGCUUUAGACCAGUCACCCCUACAAAGUCCUUCUAAUUUACGGGAUAAUCCAUUCAGGAUUACUCAGAUUCGAAGGAAGGAUGAUAAUGUUAAGGAAUUGGAUGCUGUUCAUAGAGAAAAUGAUAUAAAGACCAACCAUGAAACUGCUGUAACAGAAAGUGUUCAACUGAAAGAAGAUGAUCCUCAAAAUAUGGAUAUCAGCAAAGAGUUUAAAAGAACUGAAAAUGUUUUUUAUGAAAUGCUUUUCACACCUGAGCCAAAUGGAAUAAAUUCUGAGGAAGCAAUGGAUAAAGAGAGGAACAAAGAAAAAAUAUCUGAGGAUAUUACAUACAGCUCUCAAGAUGAGACACAGAUCACAAAUCAUAAGCCAGAAGCCCAUACUGAAGAAGAUACAAAGAACAAUAUUCAUGAGCAGGAAGAAACUGUUAUUUCAUAUGAACCAACUCCGGAGCUUUCUAGAGAAAAUGAAACAAUGGCAGUGAAAAGUCUGUCCCCGUCUCCUGAGUCCUCAGCAUCGCCAGUUCCAUCCACUCAGCCGCAGCUCACAGAAGGAUCACAUUUCAUGUGUGUGUAGUCUCAGAACUAUACUGACUUCUGUUGAAACCAGUCACAGCUAAAGACGUGGACCUUUGGCAAUGUAAGAAGAUAUUGUACAGUAUAUUUUAAAUCUAUGAAAUUCAUAGUUUUUGAUGCUUUCAACCACAGAGCAUCAUUUUACCACUUCUGGAAAAUGUUUAUUCCAAAACAGCUUUAAUGGCCCAUAUGUACACUCCAUAAUCUCAAGGUUAUCAUUCUGACACCAGCUUGCUGCUAUGAUUUCAGAGCACAUAAGUAAAGGUGCUUUUUAAUGUGCAGUCUAUAGAAAGAGCUUACUUAGUUGCUGAUUUUCAGAUUUUGAUGUUUCUUAAGUCUAAGUGAAUUUAUAUUUCUUUUUGCUUUUCAGUACAUAAAGUUACUUAUUAUUUCA